AUGUUACAAACCAUACAGUACAGGAAUGCAAAAGAGUACAGUACUGAAUGUUUAUAUACUCAAUUAAGAUAUUACAGUAUUCCGGAAGUUUCCCCAUUAAAGUUAUCUGAGGAGGAACAUUGUGAAAUCUGGUCACAAUAUGUUAAUGAUUUAUCAGAUCUUAAAGAACCUGGAUAUGAAACAAGAGCUAUAGACUGUUUAUCCACCAUGAUUCAUAAUUCUCUUGAACAUGUACCACAAUGUCUAACUUAUAUGAGCCAAAUUAAAAAUCAAAGUGUCUUCACAUUUUGUGCCAUCCCACAAGUAAUGGCUAUUGCAACUAUGGCUUUGUUAUUUAGAAAUUAUAAUGUUUAUAAAGGCGUUGUUAAAAUUCGUAAAGCCACAAAUAUUUAUGAGGUAGCAAAUAUUUUUAUGGAAUUUACAAAGGUAAUUAUUCAAAAGAAUAAUUCAAAAGAUCCAAAUUUUAUGAAGAUUAGUGUUGCCUGUGGUCAGAUUAAACAAUGGUGUCAUACUAAUUUACCAGAUUUGGAUAAAUAUAAUUCUGGUACAUCCCAAUUGAAACCUAAAGAUUCACAAAAUGAUAAUGAUUUAUUGAUUUUCUUUAGUUUUUUAUUACUAGCAUUUACCGCUUAUUUAUUAUAUUAUUGUAGAGAAUAUUUUUAUUAUGAUGGAUUAGAAAUUUUAGAUUUAUUCUAUUCAUCAUAA